AUGGCAUCUCCACCCAAGUACCUGACCGGCGACAAAGCCGCCAUCAAUGACUUCAUCGACAAGUUUGACACGUUUCUAUUCGACUGCGACGGCGUCCUUUGGUCGGGCGACCAUGUCUUCGACCGUGUUCCAGAGACCAUCAUGAUGCUCAGGGCCAGAGGCAAGCGCACCAUCUUUGUAACCAACAACUCCACAAAAUCCCGCGAGGACUACCUCCAGAAGCUUUCCAACCUCCGCAUCCCGUGCGAGAAAGAAGACGUCUUCGGCUCAUCCUACUCCGCGGCCGUGUAUAUCUCGCGCAUCCUCAAACUACCCCCAGGGCGAAACAAAGUCUUUGCUAUCGGCGAAGCCGGCGUCGAGCAGGAACUCGCUGCCGAGGGGAUCCCUUGCAUCGGCGGCACCGAUCCCAACUUUCGGAGGGACAUGACGCCCGAGGAUUUCCAGGCCCUGGCGGACGGCACCGCUCUGGAUCCGGGAGUCGGGGUCGUGCUGUGCGGGCUAGAUUUUCACAUUAAUUACUUGAAGCUCUCUACUGCGCUGCACUACUUGAGACGGGGCGCCACUUUCCUCGCCACGAACACGGAUUCGACACUUCCAAUGCAUCAAAGCCUCUUCAUGGGCGCGGGGUCUAUCAUGAUUCCGCUACAGUAUGCGAGUGGGACGAAACCGUUGGAGCUGGGGAAGCCUAGUCAGGCCAUGAUGGAUGCCGUUGAGGGAAAGUUCCAGCUGGAUCGGUCAAGGACUUGCAUGGUUGGCGAUCGUUUGAACACGGACAUUAGGUUUGGCAUCGAGGGCAAGUUGGGCGGAACGUUGCAUGUUCUUACCGGCGUUCAUCGAAGGGAGGACUGGGAUAAGGAGGAUGCCGUGGCCGUCCCGGCGUAUUAUGCGGACAGGCUGAGUGAUCUUGCAACGGUAACUUAG